AACACUGUCCUGUUAGAUAUAUCAGUCGAGUAUAUGUAAAAAGCGAAGAAAAGGUAAACACGCUUUUUUUAUUAGUAGUAUUAUAGCAAAGGUGACUAAGUGAUGCUGGUUAGCUUGCUGUGCUAAGUGGUGUUGCUAGCUUGUUAGCUGCAUGGCUAGGUGGCUAGUAACCCAGCUGGGAUGAGUGAAAGCUAACGCUGCUUGUGGCUUGGAUCACUGGCUCUCUGGAUGUAAACAGAUUGAAGCUCAGUAUCUGUGAGUCACAGAUUGUUCAGGAGGAGAAAUGUAUUCAACACAGAGGAAAGACUUUGUCUCUGUGACUCUGGGAGAGUGCAGCUACAAUAACGGAAAGCACAGGAGGCAGUCAUGCUGGAGGAAAUGGAAGCAGUUUUCCCGGUUGCAGCGCAGUCUGAUACUGUCUCUCUUCUCCAUUCUGUUCGUCGGCGGGAUCUUCUCUUACCCCAACCUCUCUCAGCAAUGGACAGAUUUGUCUGACGGAUCACUGCGUGUUGUUGGGGAUGACCUGCAGAAGCGGGGUUUCCACCCCAUCCCCUCAGAUCAGAUCCUAAAACCCGUACCUGAGGUCAUACACAAGGAGCCUCCUGAGCCACAGAGACCGAAUGCCUUCGUCCUUCCCAAACCUCCAGCUUUGAAGAAACCUCCGAGCAAGCGAGGUCCUCUAGGCCUGCAGAAACAAGGAAAUGUGUCAGACUGGCAGGUGAAGGACAAACAGGAAGCAGCCGUCAGAGGAGAAGAAGAGCAGGAGGAAGAAACGCAGACAGUCAUUAGCUGGCGAGGGGCCAUGAUCGAAGCAGUGCAGGACGCUGAGCCGCAGGAGGCAGCAGGAGCCGCAGAGGUUGAGGAAGCCGUCCCAUUACAAAUAGUCCCAGUGAACCCAGUGGAUCGGGUGGAGGCUGUCAGAGAAGCAUUCAGGCAUGCAUGGAAAGGCUAUAAAGCGUUUGCUUGGGGUCAUGAUGAGCUGAAGCCUGUUUCGAAGACAAACAGGGAGUGGUUCGGUUUGGGUCUCACCCUCAUAGAUGCACUCGACACCAUGUGGAUUCUUGGCUUGAAAGAAGAGUUUGAGGAAGCCAGGAGAUGGGUAGAGACAGAGUUAUCAUUCUCCAAGAACGUUGAUGUGAAUCUUUUUGAGACCACCAUCCGCAUUCUCGGAGGCCUCCUGAGCACUUAUCACCUUACAGGAGACACUCUGUUCCUGAACAAGGCUAAAGAUAUUGGUUCUAGAUUAAUGCCUGCUUUCAAGACGCCAUCCAAGAUCCCUUUUUCUGAUGUGAAUAUCGGGAAAGGCACUGCUCACUCACCACGCUGGACCACCGACAGCACUGUAGCUGAGGUCACCAGCAUUCAACUGGAGUUUCGUGAGCUCAGCAGGCUCACUCAGGACCCACAGUAUCAGAACGCAGUGGAUGAGGUGAUGAAGCUGGUCCACAGGCUGGAUGGGAAGCGUGAUGGUCUUGUGCCCAUGUUUAUCAACACAAACAGCGGCAAGUUCACGCACCGCGGAGUGUUUACUCUGGGAGCCCGCGCAGACAGCUACUAUGAAUACCUGCUUAAACAGUGGCUACAGGGAGGGAAAAAGGACAUCACGUUACUGGAGGACUACCUUCAGGCUGUUGAAGGGGUGAAGAAAAAUCUACUUAAACAGACAGCUAGUAAGCACACCUUUGUAGGAGAGCUAUCUCAUGGACGUCUGAACCCCAAAAUGGAUCAUUUGGUGUGUUUUCUCCCGGGCUCACUGGCUCUGGGAGCACAUAAUGGCCUGCCAGCUGACCACAUGGAUCUGGCUGUGCAGCUGAUGGAGACGUGCUAUCAGAUGUAUGUGCAGAUGGAGACCGGCCUGAGCCCCGAGAUCGCCCACUUUAACCUGUACAGCCUCAACGGCCAUGAUAUAGAUGUCAAACCGGCAGACAGACACAACCUCCUGAGACCUGAGACAGUGGAGAGUCUGUUCUACAUGUACAGAUUCACCAAGGAUAAGAAAUACAGAGACUGGGGCUGGCAAAUAAUGGAGAGCUUCAACAAGUACACCAGGGUCCCCAGUGGAGGCUACACGUCCAUAGGGAACGUACGCGACGCGGUCAAUCCCAUCCCCAAGGACAAGAUGGAGAGCUUCUUCCUCGGAGAGACUCUGAAGUACCUCUUCCUGCUGUUCUCUGACGAUUCUGAGCUGAUUAAUUUGGAUAAGUAUGUUUUCAACACUGAGGCUCAUCCUCUCCCUAUCUGGCCUUCUGCAUCAUGACCUGUGCUGGAGCUGUAGAGGCUGAAGCUUCUACAUGCUGGGAGCUGGGAUCCUCCAGAGCUCUUCAUCUGAAUCAGAGCUCAAGUGCAAUGGUUAAUCAUUUUAGAUGUAAAGGUUGUUAAAUAAUUUGUCUCCAUCCACACACUCGCUAUUAGAGAUAAAUUUCCAGUAUAAGUAGGUUAUUGCUGCUUGUCAUCCACAUUUUAGGGCUUAUCUUACUUGCGUAAGACAGCUUAGAUUACAUGCUGUAAAAAUGGCAGGCAUUUCUGAUGCAAAAUGAAGUAUUACUUUGCCGUUUUUAUAUCUUCUUGUGUAUUGACGCACGUGAGGUUUUUCAUUUCGUCUUGUUGACGUGACAAGCUCUUACACAGGGGACCUACAGACACAUUUCUGAGUGUUACAUUUAUGAGAUACAGGAUGCAUUUAGGACCACAUUGAAUAGUGAGCCGUUUGUUUUUAAGAGUUAUAUUUUAUUUGAUGGCUCUAAGGCUCGGGAGAUUUUAUUUGUUUCUGUUCACUUCAUCUGACAGCUUUAGCACUUUAGUAAAAGCCCACGACUUGAUUUAGUGGCGUUCCCUCAGGAGCCUCUUGAGCUGCAGCACUGUUUUGUGUUGUGAUCCACAACUUCACCAGCUGUAAGACAAAACUCCAGCUAGACUUUUGAGUCGUGACAAAAACGACCCUGUUUAAAAAGAUUUAAAGGAGCUGCAUGUAAUUUUGGAUGCUUCUGCUACCUGUGAGGUGAAUUGCAAUGAAAACAAUGACAAGCUUCCUAAGGCUUGAUUUAUAUUUCUGUCUUUUUGUAUCUCGAAGCUUCAUGCAUAGGUGUCUGCCAGCAUACUUGCAGUUAAAGGAAAACUCCACCCUGAAACACAUAUGUUUAUACUGAAAUAUUUGUGACGUGUUUAGUGAUUCUCGUGCUGAUUUGUUUGAAACUUCGUGUGAGAGGUUAGCUGUGGUGUGCUGUGCUGUGCUGAAGUCACAGGGAGACAUUGCUAGUGCAGUUACGAUGGAGCUUAAUAGGAGAAAUAUUUUAACCUAUCUCAAACGUUAGGGACAAUGGUCAGGUUUCAUUGUUAGCUCCUAAAAACAAAAAAGCAAAAGCUUCUUUUCUCACUCAUCGUUUUCCACAGUGUCAUAUUCAUUAGAAAGACAAUGUAGAUGUAGUGGAGACAGCAAACGUGGCUCUCAAAGUCCCAGAGUGUACAGAUGAGCAGUUGAGAGAGCUGGAAAGACUAAAAGACUAAAGCACUGCUGCAUCACUCUAAAAAAAAAACUUUCAUCACAAAAUAAAUAUUGUAUGCCACUUAAGAUCACAAGUUAAUUAUAAAGAUUCAUAUGCAAGUCAUUCAGGGUGUUUUUUUCCUAUAGUGGAUGUAGAACAUUUGGAUCUAAAGAAGAAGGAGGCAAGUGGAUAGUGAUAGAGUCGUACACACUGUACAUGAGGACUAUUUAUGGCGGCAUUACCUACCCGGAAACACUGUGUGUCUCUGCCUUAUUUCCCUAACAAAAACUUGUACAUGCUGCAAGUUUUUUUACUGAAACAUGCAAUCAGAAAUAAAAAAGAAAUAGCACAAAGUAAGCAUGACCGCUACUUAAACUUAGGUAGCAUGGCUGGCCCUACAGUUAUUUAUCAGCUUGCAUCUCAUGGGUUUGUGUUAAUGUUUACCUGAUGAACUCGACACAGAGAAAUGAAUCCCCACUUUGCAAAAUCACAUCCUUCCUAAUUCAAGUUAAUUGUUUUUUCUCUUUGCUUUUUUUUUCGUUUUGCAAAAAAACAUCAUUCAAUGUCUAAUAUUUCUUAAAAAGGGAAAAAAUAUCUCUUUAUUAAGAGUGUUUGUUUAUAUUUGGUGGAGUUUGACCAACUGCGUUAUACUGUGAGUGUGUACAAACAGAAGUAACUGCUAGAGUGGAGUAGAAAAAGAAACCAUACAUGAUCUCACCAAUCAGCAUUUGCCUGAUGCACAGCACCACACAUUCACAUUGAAACGUGCAGUCAGAAAUAAAUUUCACCUCCUGUGCGAGCCUCGGUGUGCUACACUUCCCCAUAAUCCUUUACUGUGAGUCGUGAUGCAACUAUGCAGAAAUAUAAAUCAUAACCGUAAGUGGUCUAGUUGAGCAGUUGAGUUGCCACUCGGGGUAGAGCUGAUUUCAGGGCCAGAAAAUUGCAUACAGAAGCCUGAAAUGAAGAAAUUAGUGAAAUCUAUUACAAGGCAAUAUUGUUUCUAAAGCCGUGGUUCUCAAAGUGGGCUCCAUGUAGGAUAGUCAAGGGGUCUGCUAUUUUUUUUAUUUAGUUUUUAAGUUAGUUAUUGAGUUCUUAUACUUAUUAGCCUGUUUGGCUCGUCACCUGAAAUUAAUUGAUUUAAUCUAAAACCCAAAAACAGGUCAAAUUUAGAAAUAGAGAGCUUCAUGCACUAGUAAAUAGAGAAAAUAUUAUUGUACACAUUUAAAUAAUAUUUGUCCUAUAAAUGUGUACUGAGGGGUCCUGUGAAUUAUUUCUUUUUCUAUAUACUUUUUUUUUAACUGCACUUUUGGGUUUAAAAUACCUUUAAAAAAUUAGGGUUUUAGACUUUUUACAGCAAGGGACUCCUUUAACCUAUUAAAAAAUCAACAGACCCCCUCAGUACAGAUUUAUUUUACAGACAUAAUUCAACUAUUCCGAUAUGAAGAUCAUUAUUAUUUGUUAAUUGGUUAUUAGGUAAUUGCUAAUUAAUUCAAUGUAUAUAAUAAUAUAUUGGUCAUUUAUUGGCACUGUAGAGUUUUUUUAUUCCAGAACUUUUAUUCCACUUACAGAACACAUUUUUAUUAAACUUGUCACAAGAUUUAUUGUCGUUAUGUAAAAUUCUCAUUAUUGAGUUAUUGGAUCUUGGAUUAAAUCCAUUCAAUUCUGUUGUCCAGGCUAAUAACUUAAAAAAAAAAAAAACUUUAUGAACUUUGGCAUUAAACCACUCAACUAAUGAGUACUUUACUCACCACUAAUCAUAAUUUAUUCAUUUACUCAUUGACAUUAACUUGCAUUGUUUUACACUAAAUAUGAGUCUGAGUUCACUACUUAAUAACUUGGCAACAGUAUUUAUAAUAAGCGUUUGUUGUGAUCAUUUUUUUGCUGUAAUCUUUAUAUAUGCAGCAGUGUUUGCCAAAACUUUGUGCCAUGUGUGGGAAAAAGAUUACAGAUACAGCCGUUUAAUGUGCAGUCAUUUUCAUUUCAGUGUUUGAGGGCUUAUUCUGGGUCAUGUCAUGCUUUAUUUUUUAUACCCUGUCAUUUUGGAGGCUUAUCUGUGAUAGGUUACAAUGUGCUCUAAACCUUCUGAAGGUCUCAGCUAAUACGUAGAUAAGCCUUCAGCGAAAUAGCAAAUUUCAUUGCAUUGUAAUUUAUUGCAGGAAUGAUCGACAGUUCCGUCCUGCCUACUCACUCACAGCAUGGUGGAAAACUCAAAAUUGUUUUCAUGCCUUUCGAAUCCUGAAAAUGAGUGUGAUGAAUGCAGAGUCUGCACGACUCUUUUUCCUCGCCAGCAGACAGGUUCUGGUGAUUCCCGUUUGUGCUUUACUAGCAUGCGCUCUCAAUAAAGGAGCUGUGAAGGGAGACAUGUCUCAGGGCCAAGAUGCUUUUAGUAAUGGCGUGUGUAUUCUCGUGUGUAUGUAAUGCGUUGAUGGAAAAACGUCCUGAAAAUAUGUCUAUCAUUAUUUAUUAUGAGUCUUUUACAGUUUCAUACACAAUAGCAACCAGUGAAGGACAGCCAUGAAAAAGGAUCGCAUUUACGCUAAUAUAUACACUCACUGGCCACAUUAUAAGGAACACCUGAACACCUGCUUAUUCAUGCAAUUAUCCGAUCAGCCAAUCAUUUUUCUGAACAAGAUGGGAAAAAGACCAGGCAAAAGGACCUGUUUUUCCAAUCUUUCCCAUCUUCAACUGUCCAGUUUCCUGUGAGCCUGUACCCACUCAGAUUCUUGUUCUUGGCUGACAGGAUUAGAUGUGGUCUUCUACUGUUGUUUCUCAUCCACCUCAAGGUUUGAUGUGUUGUGCAUUCUGAGAUGCUUUUCUGCUCACCACGGUUGCAAAGAGUGGUUAUUUGAGUUACUGUAGUCUUACUGUCAGCUUGAACCAGUCUGACCAUUUGGCUGAUUGGAUGAUUGCAUGACUGAGCAGGUGUAUAGGUGCUCCUAUUAAAGUGUCAGGUGAGUGUAUAUUACAGAUUUUUUUUUUUUUUAAGUAAUGCUUAAUAUAGUAUAGCAGCAAAAAAAAAAGAAAAAUAUCUCAUCUCAAUACAGUGUCUGCAUAAUGAACCAAACAACUCCCUUCUUACUGCUUUUGGCUGCUUCCUGUGUUUGUCAUCAGAUAUGUUUUAAGAUGAUUAACUGAACCUCUGUACCACAUUCUGUAAAUACAUUUCAUAAGAUUCCCCAAACUGUUUGAAUUUGAAAAAUAAAAAGCUUUGACUUGA